CAGAAUUUUCUAACUUUUUCUGCAGAAGAAUGAAGACUCUGCUUGGUACCCUUUACCUUUUGGGGAUGCUCAUUCCUGGGGGGCUUGAAUAUAGAUUCUUAGCACAACACAGACAAGAGGCUGUGGGCAAGACAGUGAGUGCAGGGAGGAGCCUGGAUACCUACUCCUAUAACAAAUACCACACCAUGGGGGAGAUCUAUCAGUGGAUGAGCCAGAUCAGUGAGGAGUACGCGGAAGUGGUGACACAGCAUUUCCUAGGAAUGACCUAUGAGGCCCGGCCCAUGUAUUAUCUGAAGAUCAGUCAACCAUCCAGCGACCCCAAGAAGAUCUUUUGGAUGGACUGUGGAAUUCACGUCAGGGAAUGGAUUACCCCAGCUUUUUGCCAAUGGUUUGUGAAAGAAAUUCUGCAAAACCAUAAAGACGACUCAAGGAUAAGCAGGUUGCUUACGAACCUGGACCUGUAUGUACUGCCAGUUCUUAACAUCGAUGGUUAUAUCUACACGUGGACGACUAAUCGUCUUUGGAGGAAAUCCCGUUCAUCUCAUAAUAAUGGCACAUGUUUUGGGUCAGAUCUCAAUCGAAAUUUCAAUGAAUCUUGGUGUGGUGUAGGCGCAUCUAAAGACUGUAAAAAUUCAAAAUUCUGUGGGACAGGAUCAGUAUCUGAACCAGAGACUAAAGCUGUUUCCAGCUUUGUAGAGAGCAAAAAGGACAACAUUCUGUGCUUCCUGACCAUGCACUCUUAUGGGCAGUUAAUCCUCACACCUUACGGCCACACCAAAAAUAAGUCGAGUAACCAUGAAGAGCUGAUUCAAGUUGGACAGAAGGCAGCAAAUGCAUUGAAAGCAAAGUAUGGAACCAAUUAUAGAGUUGGAUCGAGUGCAGAUAUUUUAUAUGCUCUGUCGGGGUCUUCAAAAGACUGGGCACGAGACAUUGGGAUCCCUUUCUCAUUCACGUUUGAGCUGAGGGACAAUGGUACACAUGGGUUUACUCUGCCGGAAGUUCAGAUCCAGCCCACCUGUGAGGAGACAAUGGAAGCUGUGGUCUCCAUCCUGGAUGAUGUACAUGAGAAGUACUGGCCCUUGAGUGGUGCUGGGACAGUGGCAUCUGGCACCAUGGUGCUGAGCUUGCUGUUGCCCUUUGCUGGUCUUCUCUGAGUGCAUCCUACCUGGCCCGCUCAAC